GUCCGCGUCGUCGCUGCUUUUUCGCGGACGGUGGGCGUACCGUGGCAAUGUGCACGACAAUACAGCCAUCCGUCUCACACGCACCCUACAUCCGAGAUAUUUCUGUCGCCCUCUUGGCGCCCGCUCUGUGCCAAAUUUAAGCCCCCUUGUCCCACUGUCUCUUUUCUACUCGACUUUUUUUACAGAAUCGAGUCCAUAGGGCGACUAGUUACCUUCAUAUUUUCUCGAUGGGUCAUGACCUCUAGAACACGAAAACAUAGUUCUCCCGUUUCCGUCUGUCUGUCUGUGAGCCGUCCGUGUGCAUUUUUGUUUAAUCAUUCCCACCAACAGUGUGAUCACUUCAUCUCAAAAUUGUACCUAAUAACUAAACAAAAUGCCUCAAGGGCCAAUGUCAAGUCCCCUCAUGAAGCCCUUCGUGGUGUUGGCCCUUCCCGGCAUGUACCUCUUCUACAAAUACAACCAAUACAAGCGUCGACGGAAGGAAAACGCCAAACGUCGGCUAACCGAGCGCGAACUCCAGCACCUCAACAACAAAAUCGAUAAGCUGCUAAGCAAACUGGAGGAGAGCGAGCCGGAACUGGCGACAUGCCAAGAAGAAGAGUGUGUAAUCUGCAUCAAUGCUAAAGCGACAAUGCAGACAGCUCCCUGCGGGCAUCAAGUCGUCUGCAGGAAGUGUUUCGUGAAGACCAUCCAGAUAGCGGUCUCGCAAAGGCUGCUUCCGCUGAGAUGCGUCAUAUGCAGGGCGAAGAUUCUUAGAUUAAAAACAGGACCCAUUUUGCCUUCCUCGGCUAGCGGCUACUCGGUGAACUCCCGUGCAUCCUCCGUACCCCAGUCAGAUAGUUUAUACAGCGUGAGCAGUGGCGGCUCGUCAGUUUCUUCCACUUCUUGUUCUUCCGAAGGUAGCAGGAAGUCUUCGUCAUGUUGCGGCGGACGCUGUAUGGGAGCCUACCCGAGGCAACCGGCAACCGGAGCCAUUAGGAGAUCUCAGCAGCACGCCAUGAAGAUAAGGCUGCAGGAGUACUGCCAUCCGGAAAAAGGAAACAUAAAUAGACUUCCGCCGAUACGAGAAUUGCCCGGUCAGAGUCCCAGUCACAAUACCCCGCCUGCUUCCACUAGGAUAAGAUGUGCCCAGAAAAUCGUAACCCAGCUCGAAGCCGUACCUCUGCUGGGUAAAAGCCGAAAUAAAUAUGAAAAAUUGUCACAAGACGACCUGGACGAAGAAGUCAAGAAAGACAGAAAGUGGUGGGCCGAUAGGACUAAAAACGAAGAAAAGAUAGACAACAAGAAGAACGAACUGACAGAGAAACACAUGGAAAUGAAAGAAAAACAGAAACUUGAAGAAAAAAAGAAUUCAAUAAAAGACGCAAGGCUAUAAAAACCAAAAGCAAAUAAAACGUUUUCUGACGUUAUCAGUUUUUUUCAAGAGGGCUCAUCAUAACGAGAUAAUAAUUUAGUCAAUUAGAUUAGUCAAUUGAUUCGCGCUAUAUAACUAUAUUUAUUUCGAAAGGUUUUUCAUAAAAUUUGUUACUUGUCGCCCUGGAAAAAUGGAGUACAAAAAGAAUUAAACAAGGGCUUUCAUCUUGUGUAAUUCGUUUGGUGGUAGACUUAUUAGAUGAUAAAAUCGAUGUUUGUAGCCCUCUUAGCCUUCUCCUCGAAAUCCCUCAUCUUCUUGUUAUUAAAUUACCCUAGGAUCUUGAAUAACGCUAUUAAAACAUAUUUAAAAAUGCUUGUGAAGGCCAAUUUUAAUAAAGAAAAUAUGUAUAUCAGCCCGAUCCAAAUAUUAUACGAUCAUUCUGUAUAUGAACAAAAUCGUCUACUAGACUAUAGACAUACAUAUCCAACGUGCAUUUGCGAAAAUCAAAAUAUUUUAAACAAUAACGGUUAAUCAAUCGGUACAAAAUAUGUUCGUAGUUUGGUUUGUUUUUAUACAGACUGAGAAGUAUUUUCAAAUGUUGGCAAUAAUAUUGACAUACAUAUUAGAAAUAUUGUAUUUAGUGCUGGUUACGGCCCUGUAACAUAUUAUAGAACUUUAAUUUUGUAAGAGUAGUCGUGUUGUAUUGAAUUGUUGUGUUUAGGAUUAUACGAAAAAUAAAGUUGAAA